ACCUGUACUGCAUAGCUCAGACUGUAUCCGCAGCCAGCCGCACAGUUCUCUCAGUCGUUCCACAGAACUCAACCAAAUAUUCCAAGUGGCGCCGACUCGCGUUUGUCAAAACUCCGCCCUCGCAUUCAUGUCAAGAAACAUUUUACUCAUGAGUCGUCGUCACAGCUCCAUAAAACACUGGGGAAUAUAGACAAUUCAAGUGAAGCCACUAGCGCCACGUUGGCUACACACGGGGAAUAGGAGUUGGACUGUUGGUGUAAAAGAUGUUGGACCCGUCGUCCAGCGAUGACUCGGGGGGAGAGAUUGACGAGGACACUGAAGUUUCAAAAGCUCCCCAACAAAAGCUUGCGACUUCCUCCGGGCAAGGAGGUAAACAUAAGAAACGACAACCCACCGAACAACCACAAGCCAAAAGUCCUACUGUCGAAGACGAGCAGAAAAAUGAGCAGGAAAGACUUCUCAAAGAGGAAGCUGAGAGGAAAACUAAACUACAGAUUUAUGUAUUUGUGUUGCGAUGUAUCGCUUACCCUUUCAAUGCUAAACAACCCACGGAUAUGGCACGCAGGCAACAGAAGCUGAAUAAGCCACAGCUGCUGACUGUGAAAGAGCGUUUCCAGGCCUUCUUGAACGGGGAUACACACAUCGUGGCGGAUGAGGCCUUCUGUAACGCCGUGCGCAGCUACUAUGAGGGUUUCCUGAACAGUGAGCGGGUGUCCAGGAUGGUGCAAAGCGGCGGCUGCUCGGCCAGUGAUUUCCGGGACGUCUUUAAGAAGGACAUUGAGCGGCGGGUGCGUAGCUUGCCUGAAAUCGAUGGCCUCAGCAAAGAGACGGUGCUGAGCUCCUGGAUUGCCAAGUACGACGCCAUCUAUAGGGGGGAUGAGGACCUGCGGCGCCAGCCACAGAGAAUGCACCUCAGUGCCGUGUCCGAGUUGAUUCUCAGCAAGGAGCAGCUGUAUGAGAUGUUCCAGCAGAUUCUGGGCAUCAAAAAGUUUGAACACCAGCUGCUGUACAAUGCCUGUCAGCUGGACAAUGUAGAUGAGCAGGCAGCUCAAAUCCGCCGGGAGCUGGAUGGAAGACUACAGCUGGCAGAGAGGGUAGCCAGGGAGAGGAAGCACCCCAAGUUUCUGUCCAAAGACAUGGAGGGCAUGUACAUCGAAGAGUUGCGCUCGUCUGUCAACCUGCUCAUGGCGAACCUGGAGAGCCUACCUGUAGCUAAGGGAGGCCCUGACUUCAAACAGAAGCUCAAACGUUCUUCAAUUAACAACUCCUUCCUGGACAUGGGCGACGAGACAGAAUUCCUCUCCAAGUCUGAUGUGGUGCUCUCCUUCACACUGGAGAUAGUGAUAGUGGAAGUAGAAGGCCUGAAGUCAGUAGCUCCUAACAGGAUUGUUUACUGCACCAUGGAGGUGGAGGGAGGAGAGAAACUUCAGACAGACCAGGCAGAAGCCUCUAGACCACAAUGGGGCACUCAGGGGGACUUCACAACUACUCACCCGUUGCCCAUGGUCAAAGUGAAACUGUUCACAGAGAGCACGGGGGUACUGGCCCUGGAAGACAAGGAGCUGGGGAGGUUGAUCCUGAACCCAACCACCAAUGGACCCAAGCAGGCAGAGUUCCACAAGAUGGUGGUGCCAAAGAACAGUCAGGACGCCGACCUUAAAAUAAAACUAGCAGUCCGCAUGGACAAACCCCCGAACAUGAAGCACAGCGGGUACCUUUACGCAUUGGGACAGAGAGUUUGGAAACGCUGGAAAAGAAGAUAUUUUGUUCUUGUCCAGGUCAGCCAGUACACCUUUGCAAUGUGCAGCUACAGAGAGAAGAAGGCAGAGCCCCAAGAACUGAUGCAGCUGGAUGGAUACACAGUGGACUACUCUGACCCUCAGCCAGGUCUCCAGGGCGGUCGAGUGUUCUUUAGCGCGGUCAAGGAGGGUGAUCUAGUGGUGUUUGCUGGUGACGACGAGCAGGACCGGACGCUGUGGGUUCAGGCCAUGUACCGCGCCACAGGCCAAUCGUACAAGCCCGUUCCACCCACCCAAAACCAGAGGCAGAACUGCAGAGGAGGGAAGAGCCAGCCUGACACGCCCGUCUCCCUACUCAGUCUGGAUCGCUCUCAGAGGCAGGGGGUGGAGGAGUUGAUCUCAGCUGUGCCUUGUCGUUUCGACCAUGCCGCUUUGUUCCCCAUUCUGCAGAAACAGACCCUACAGCACCGGAUGAAUGACUCCUUCUCCUGCCUGGGUUGGUUCAGUCCUGGUCAGGUGUUUGUUCUGGAUGAGUAUUGCGCCCGUUACGGUGUGAGGGGCUGCCACCGCCACCUCUGCUACCUCAGGGACCUGAUGGACUACUCUGAAAACAACACGCUGGUCGACCCCACCCUCCUGCACUACAGCUAUGCCUUCUGCGCCUCCCACAUCCAUGGCAAUAGACCGGAUGGGAUGGGCACCGUCACUGAGGAGGAGCGAGAACAGUUUGAGGACAUUAGAGGACGUCUCCUGAGUUUGUUGGACAACCAGAUCACCCAUUUUCGGUACUGUUUCCCCUUUGGCCGACCGGAAGGGGCCCUCAAAGCGACACUCUCCCUGCUAGAAAGGGUUUUGAUGAAGGACAUCACCACACCUGUUCCUCCUGAGGAGAUGAAGAAGACAGUCCAGAAAUGUCUGGAGAAAGCUGCCCUUAUCAAUUACUCCCAGCUGACUGAAUAUGCUCAGAUUGAGGCUGAUGCUCAGGCUGCCCCAAAGAAAAGGUUGGAAGACAUGAUGCGUCUAGGGGAGUUAUGCAUCGAGGUCCUGCAGCAGAAUGAUGAACACCAUUAUGAGGCCUUCUCAUGGUGGCCGGACAUGAUGGCAGGGCAUGCCGAGACAUUUCUUUCCCUCUACACCGUCGACAUGGAUAGUGCUCUGCAAGUCCAGCCCGUUGACUCAUGGGAUAGCUUCCCCUUAUUCCAGCUGCUGAACAACUUCCUGCGAUGUGACCCUCACCUCUGCAAUGGCGUGUUCCACAAACACCUCCAGGACCUGUUCAUCCCACUGGUGGUGCGCUAUAUUGACCUCAUGGAGUCCUCCAUUGCCCAGUCCAUCCACCGCGGCUUCGAGCAGGAAACCUGGCAGUCAGUCAAGACAAUAACCAACAACCUACCGAGCGUGCCUCUGCCCAGAGUCAAUCUCCCGCAGAUGCCCAGCUUCUCAGCACCCUCCUGGAUGGGCCCACUGUGUGACAGCACCCCACACGGAAAUAAUUUACCAGAAAUUUUUAACGGCUCGGCAACCUCAGAGGACCUCUUCUGGAAGUUGGAUGCUCUCCAGAUGUUUGUCUUGGACCUCCACUGGCCAGAGCCUGAGUUUGCCAAACACCUGGAGCAGAGGCUGAAGCUCAUGGCAUGCGACAUGAUGGAAGCCUGCGUCAAAAGAACAAAAGCCGCCUUCGACUCCAAGAUGCAGAAGGCCAGUAAGUCAACGGAAUUCCGGGUGUCCCUGUCCGUGUGCACCAUGUUCAACGUGCUCAUGGAUGCCAAGAAGCAGUACUCCAAACUCUGUGUACUGGACUCCAGUCAAGAGAUUGACAAACAAUGGCAACAGUACCAUUCCAAAAUUGAUGUCCUGAUCGAUGACGCUUUCAAAGACAUGAUUUCCUGUCUGGUCUCAAAGUUUACCGGAGUUCUAGACUGCAUUCUCUCCAAGCUUUCCAGAUAUGACGAAGGAACAUUCUUUUCCUCAAUCCUCUCUUUCACGGUGAAAGCAGCUGCCAAGUACGUGGAUGUGCCUAAGCCAGGGAUGGACCUGGCUGAUACCUACAUAACAUUUGUGCGCCAGAACCAGGACAUCCUGAGAGACCGUGUCAACGAGGAGAUGUACAUAGAGAAGAUGUUUGAUCAAUGGUACACCAACUCCAUGAAGGCAGUGUGUGUGUGGCUGACUGACAGACUGGACCUGCAGCUCCACAUGUACCAGCUUAAAACACUCAUCAAGAUUGUCAAGAAGACGUUCAGAGACUUCCGGCUCCAAGGAGUCCUGGAUGGAACCCUGAACAACAAGAGCUACGAGACCGUCUACAACCGCCUGACAGUGGAGGAGGCCACCAUGGCAGUCAAGGCAGGCGACGGCCUCCAGGGCAUCACAAUGAGAGACAGUGAUGAAGAGGAUGGGUGAAUUCCGCGCCACAGCUCCUAGUCCGGACCCCUUCACAUAUAGACUGAAAUGGGAAGCUUCUGCGCAGAUUAUAAAAGGGGUGUUUGUUAGUGGGUCUGUGUUUGUUGGUGUGUCUGUGUUUGUUUGUGUGUGUGUGUGUGUGUGUGUGACAGAAUGGAGAUAAAAACAUCCAUAGUUGUGCUCUCACCCACCUCUAAUCCAGUGGGCACCUUGCCAGCCGUUAUGAACCUGUAUGAUGUCAUUUUGUACAGUGCAGCUCAGUGGUCACCAACUGGUAGCCUUCAGUGCAGUACCUGUUUUGUUUAAUGAAUUGCUUUGUUAGUUUGUACUUUAUUUUAAUGGUGAUAGAUGAAGAAAAAUAUGAAACCAUUCGCAGGUCCAUUCUGUGGUAAAUGUGCAUUAUAAAGAUAUUGGAUUUGUUCUUAUAAGUGUCCUAAAAGAGACGAUACAGACGAUAUUCAUGUUUAUAAUGUAGGCCUACUUUAUGAAUGGAAUGCAUAGGCUAAAGUGUGGCUCAGUGUGUUACCUUUCACCAGAGUUGUGUGGAUGACUAUUAAUUCAGAGCUGUGUUGAAUCACUGAAGGGUAAUUCUUGAAUUGCAGUGGUAGGUGCUGUCCAUUGACUUUUGCACCCAAUUAAACACUUUAAAAUUACACAAACUUUACAAAUAAUACAUUCUCCUUUUAAUUGAACUCUUAUUUAUUUAGAUGUAUGCUAACCCUUUAUACUGCAAAUAUUUGUUUGCAUUGUAGAAACUACUGGAACUACUUUUCCCAAUAGUGAUGAUAUGUAGUGGUGCCAUGUUUUAGGGAUUUACAUAUAUUUAUUAAUUUGAUUGCUAUACAGUAAAAAAUUUAAUUAUAUUGUGUAGAUCAAUAAAAACAGAGAAGCAUAUUUAAAUACAUAGUUAUUCUAGUAGCAUAAGGCCUCACAGCUUCAUGUCAUAGUUUAGAAUUAUAACAUUUAGUCCUGAAUUUAACACGAGGGCCAACCUGAACGUGCCAGUUACUGUGUUGAAAAUGACAUAUUGCAAAGAUUUGCAAGGACCUUAUGCAUUCUCUUCAGAGGCAGACCUUUUUGAAGAUGGAUUUAUGUUAAAGAUAACUAAUCACACCCUUUUAGUGUAUAUAUAUCACAAAAGUGAGUACACCCCUCACAUUUCUGCAAAAUGUGGUUAUAUCUUUUCAUGUGACA